UUCAGCGCCGUCGGACUUUCUGCUUCUUCGCGGCUAAAAUGCGCAGUUUUUGCUCACACAGGAUAUAAAAAGCACGAGAAAUGAAGAUGUUAGUUGUGUCGGAGCGGCUCUGUGAGAGAAUGAGAGGAGACACAUUUCUGACUGAACAUUAAGACGGCUGAGACUGGCUCCGUGGUGGUGGUGUUCAUGAAGUGGUCAACCAGCCGAGCCUCGGGCUGCUGCUGCUACGUUGUUCAGAGGAAAAACAGUGUUGGGAUAGAGGACGACGUCCAUAACUGAUUCAUGUCAUGUCCUCGGUGCGCGGUGUGGAUGGGCGGGAGCAGCAGAUCGCACUGCAGCAGCAGCAGUCUUUCUUCCCGCCACGUGGUGGCUUUUUGGAUCACUUUGUUAUGCCACCUGAGCCAAAGUACUGCUGCGAAUACUGCCACAUGGUGCUAUGUAAUCCGCGUCAGACCGAGUGUGGACAUCGCUUCUGUGAGAGCUGCAUUAACCAGCUGCUCAGUAAACCAAACCCAGUCUGUCCAGCUGACAUGGAGCCAUUAUUUGAGGAAAAAAUAUUUCGUGACGUCUGCUGCAAUAGAGAGAUCAUGACUCUAAAGGUCUACUGCCGGAGUGCAAAAAACGGUUGUAAAGAACAAAUGAGUUUACAGCAGGUUAUGGACCACUUAAACGUGUGCGAGUACUUCGAAGUGCCUUGCCCUUUGGGGAAAUGUAAAGAGAAGAUCAUGAGGAAAGACAUGGCUGACCACUUGUCCCGCAAGUGCAAAUACCGUGAGAUCACCUGCGAAUUCUGCAAACAGAAGAUGGCCCUCACGGAGCUACAGAAGCACAAAGAAACAGUCUGUCCUGCAUUUCCAGUAGCAUGUCCUAAUCAUUGCUCAUUCCCAUCCAUUCUGAGGAGUGAGCUCUCAAGUCACCAGCACGACUGUCCGAAAGCACAAGUCACAUGCUCCUUCUUUCGCUUCGGUUGCACCUACAAAGGGCUAAACCAGGAAAUGAGGGAGCACGAGUCAAGCUUUGCAUCAGAACACUUGCGGAUGAUGGUGGCCAGAAGCAACAUGCUAGAAGCCAAGGUAGAGGACGUUAAGAGUGAGCUGUUGGAACGAUACAAGGUUCUUCCCAGUCUGAGCAGCCGGCUUACUGAAGUAGAUGUACAGUAUGAAGAAAUGAAAGAGAAAUACAGGCAGCUGGAGCAGAAGCUUAUGAGCAUGCAGAAGCUGAUGAGCACCCACUCUGAGAAGCUGCUGGAGAUGGAGCUGGAGCUACGGGAACUGCGGCCCCUGAGGGCCAUGCGUGACGAAGUGGAGGCGCUGAAGGGUGCUGUGGAGAGCAUGCGCUCUGUGGUCGCAUCACUCGACUCGACCCGUACUGGCCCCGGUACACACACUAUGGCAUCGUUUGAAACACAGUUGUCGCGACACGACGAAAUGCUCAGCGUGCAUGACAUACGACUGGCUGACAUGGACUUAAAGCUGCAGGUGCUGGAGACGGCCAGCUUCAACGGCACGCUCAUCUGGAAGAUCCGUGACUACAAGCGAAGGAAGCAGGAGGCGGUGGCUUCCAAAACCCUCUCGCUCUACAGCCAGCCCUUCUACACCGGCUACUUCGGCUACAAAAUGUGUGCACGUAUCUACUUGAACGGUGACGGCAUGGGCAAGGGCACGCACCUGUCGCUCUUCUUUGUGGUGAUGCGCGGCGAGUAUGACGCGCUCCUGCCAUGGCCCUUUCGCCAGAAGGUAACUCUUAUGUUGAUGGACCAGGGUCCUGCACGAAAGCAUCUGGGGGAUGCGUUUAAGCCUGAUCCAAACAGUAGCAGCUUCAGGCGGCCUACGGGCGAGAUGAACAUUGCUUCUGGCUGCCCGCUGUUCGUCGCUCAGACUGUGCUAGAGAACGGCACCUACAUCAAGGAUGACACCAUCUUUAUUAAGGUCACAGUGGACACCUCAGACCUGCCAGACCCCUGACGCCUGGACGGAUGCCGUUGGGCCUGGUGCUCAUCUGGAUGUUACAAGGCCACAGGAUCGGGGGGGAAGAAGACCUAACACCGAAGAAACGAACGCAAGAAACACAAAUGCGCUGAAGGUUGUUAAGACGUGGCAGAAGCAUUGACGCGGUUUCAUGCAAGACAGACUGCGCUGUCCUCUGAUUGGAUGGUGCUUGUUACAUUGACCAGGGUAGGCAGGUCUCGGAUAACCCCAGUGUUCACGAUAAAGCAGAAAGAGCAAAAGGAUUUUACGAUCCUAAUCAAACACGCAUACAACGUCUGCGCUGGUAAAGACUGAGAAAUAGGGCACAGAAGGUAGCCACGCUGGCGGGAACAGCUAAAGAAAGAGGAAUACAUGCGUUUCCUAUACUUGAGCUGUUAUUCUUAAGGGUGUUUUGGACAGCCGUUAAAAAACAAAUUCAUUUCAGUUAGUAAGAAUUAAUAAUCUGCAGAAUGCUGAGCUAGCAGAUCAGCUUUUAUUUUCAGUGAACAAGCUUUGUAUUCGAGUAUAAUUCGAGACAUUUGGGGGUUUCCUGAAACAAGUGUUGCGUUCUGAAGGGUUUUUAUAGAAACGAAUAUUGUGUGUAGACUGUGUGUGAAUGGUGAUAGUUUUUUAUUUUUAUUUGUACUGAUAAUAGUCGUGCUGCAGAGCAUCAAGUUGCAAGUUGGGCACUAAACAAUAACCAUGCUCCACCCAUUCUGGAGUAACAGCCUUUUUAUGCAUGUAAAUCUACAAUACUUACAUGAACUUAACCUCCCGACUGUGUUUACUAUUCUGACACAUUAUUUUUUGUAAUGUUAAAUGUUGAUGGAUGCUGUGCAUCAGAAUAUAUUGUUUUUUUAACACAUUUUGAAAUACUAGCCUUUAAAGCCAACAGCCAUGCUGACCAAUAAUUUUUCAGUAACCCGGAUCACUUUUCAAAAAUAUUUGCACAAUUUAUUUUCUUGAAUGUGUUAUAUAAAUGUAUAAGAAUAUAAAACAUUUUACUAUA